GCUGCAAUAUACGCCUGAACACGAGUCUUGAGUCUUGGCUCUUGAACGUUUAGUAGUCGAUACGUCGCGCGGGAGGUGUCUCGCCCCAUAGUUUUUAUUUUAAGAAAAAUAAAUAUAGGCUAAAGUCUUCACAAUAAAAUGCCGAACAUUAUAAACGAGGUUAAAUUAGACUUCAAGGAUGUGUUACUACGACCGAAAAGAAGCACGCUGAACAGCAGAAAUGACGUGGAUUUAUUCCGCGAGAUCACAUUCCGUAACUCCGGCCAGACAUACCGGGGCGUUCCCGUGAUGGCCAGCAACAUGGAUACCGUUGGAACGUUCGAGAUGGCUCGGGAACUUUCUAAGCAUGGUCUUUUCACGUGUAUCCACAAGUAUUAUACAGUAGAUGAAUGGAAGAAAUUCGCUGAAGACCAUCCGGAGUGUUUAGCACAAAUGGCCGCAAGUUCAGGCACAGCGGAAGCCGACUUCGAUAGACUAAGUGAGAUUCUGAAUAACGUAAAAGAGAUAAAAUUUGUCUGUCUGGAUGUAGCCAAUGGGUAUUCGCAGCAUUUUGUUGAAUAUGUCCGAAGAGUUCGGGCUGCGUACCCUAAACAUACUAUUAUCGCUGGCAACGUCGUAACGGGUGAAAUGGUUGAAGAACUUAUUUUAUCCGGCGCUGAUAUUAUUAAGGUGGGCAUAGGUCCAGGAUCUGUUUGCACGACUAGGAUUAAAACUGGCGUGGGCUAUCCACAACUAUCUGCUGUCAUUGAAUGUGCAGAUGCUGCUCAUGGACUGAAGGGACAUAUUAUAUCGGACGGUGGUUGCACAUGUCCAGGAGACGUAGCCAAGGCGUUUGGCGCGGGGGCUGACUUCGUAAUGGCGGGUGGUAUGUUUGCUGGCCACGACCAGUGUGGUGGGGAAGUGGUCACCAAACCUGAUGGGAGGAAGGUUAAGCUGUUCUAUGGCAUGUCGUCUUCUACGGCCAUGUUGAAACAUUCUGGGGGUGUUGCGGAGUAUAGAUCUUCGGAAGGUAAAACUGUAGAAGUGGAAUACAGAGGUGACGUAGGUGUAACAGUAAAGGAUAUUCUAGGCGGUCUAAGAUCGACCUGUACCUAUGUAGGUGCAGCUAAACUACGGGAAUUGCCCCGACGGGCCACUUUCAUCAGAUGCUGUAGGCAAGUCAAUGACACCUUCUCUUAAGUAUGCGCGCCUGGUACUUUAAAACGCAGAUUUUAAAAUUUAAACGCAUAAAUUAUUGUUUUUUUUUUGUUUUAGUGAUUUACUAUUAAGUUUUUUGGUUCCUAUAGUAAUAGUGAUGUCUCAAAUUUUUUAGUUUAUUAAUAAUUGUAUUCUAUGCCUACAAUAAACUUGAUGUUAUUUUUGGAAAUGGUGCUAAAUUAUAACAAUAGUUCGGUUAUAUUUGUUUAUGUAUACAAUAGUUUAGUUUAUUCUCUAGUUAACAAGACCUGCGAUGUUUAUUCUAUAGGUACGCAAUUAUGGCAGCCUUUAAAAUUGUUAAACAUUAUAUUAUAUACUAUACAGUAUACACAAUAUUAUACAUAUUGUAUUGUAGAGCGUAUUAUAUCUAAAUGCUAUGUAGGCCUAGAAAUUUUAGAUAGCUGAAAUUUUCUAAAAUUUAAAUUUAAUAAUGUCCAAUUUAUUAAAAUCGUCAUAAACGUUCUGCUUUUAAAUUACUUCUAGAACUUUAUAAUUUUUUUUUUUGAGAUUCCUUUUUUGAACAUUUUAAAUCGUUUAUUUUUUGAUACUUUUUUCAAAUGUUUAAGGCUAUGCACAGUUACUUAUUUUCGUUCAAAUUAGUUGUUAAGUUAUUUAAGAAUAUAAAUGAUCAAUUAAUAAACAAAUUAAAUUAA